AUGGCUUUCCUAAUUAGCGCCAAGUGGGCUUGGGUGGCAUUGAAAUUUAUCCUUCAACAGCGAGAAGAACUUAAGAAGAUCAGGAGAAAGGGACUCGUUGUCGUAUUGAUGGGCUGCACCAGUGGUCUCGGGAUGGAAAUUGUACAAGCUGUAUGCGAUCGCCUGUCAACAAUUAAAUCCCACGGCCCCCAUACCCUCAUUACGACUACCAAAGACGAGGAAAAUGGUGUACUAACUUUGGGGCGCCUACGACACCCGACAGUCCGCGUAGGUUAUCACCAGCUGGAUGCGUCCUGCAACGAGAGCGUCAGGACUUUCCUACAGAACCUUAAAGAGCAAUUUGAGAGCGUGGAUAUUUUGAUAAAUAAUGCAGGUAGCCAAAAGCGGCUCAUUCCUGGCAUUCUGCCUUCGACCUUUGAGUUGGGUUGCAAAGACACUGCAUACUACCUCAUGAAAGAGGAUUACUACGAAACCAAACUUGCAACGCUCGCCUUGAUGCCCCUUAUGGCUCCAGGGGGCCGCGUCGUGAUUGUUGCCUCCAGUCUUGCAGAACUUGCAAUUCGGUGGAUGAACGAGGAAGCCUUCACCAAAUUGUUCAGUGCAGCUUCAACUGAGAAAGACCUCGACAGCGUUGCCAACAGUUUCUUUGAGGAGCUAGGCGAUGAAGGCGCAAGGGGCAGACGCGUUUAUGAUGCCUUGGCUUACCCGUUUGCUCAAGCCGCUAGAAUUGCACUAGCGCAGUGCAUCGGAAAUAAGCUAAAGAUGAGUUCAUCGGACCCAAAAUCAUGUGUUACAGUUUGUUCAUUCUCUCCGGGCUGGUGCCGAACGUUGCCUGGAAGGAACAGGGCCCCAUUCUCAGCUGCCGAAGGCGCCGCAGAGGCUGUCUUUGCUGCCUUUGAUGCAAAUCCAGAGGAAGUACAAGGAUCUUUCAUUGUUGGGAGGAAACCUGGAAAGUUUGGUGAUGAAAUUGCAUCGGCGCACGUUGAUAAUGCACUGCCUAAAUUCAUAUCGGCAGAGAAUAACCACAUGAUCCUGAAACACUUACCAAGAUGUCCAGCAGCCAUUCAAGACUCCCCCCAUGCAGCGGAGGCAGUGAAUAUCGUAAUGUGA